AUGGUUCUGAUUGAUGGUAACAUACAUUAUCAGGGAUAUGAUGAAAUUCAUAUCAGAGAGAAAAUUAAAGACUUAAUGAAAGGAAAAGAAAUGCUGCAGGACAUUACAGCAGACGAUUUUGAUUUUGUCUGUGUUUGUAAUAAGAAGAUAAGAAAGCCCAAUGGGAACGUCCAAUUUGAUGCCCUUGGAGUUAAUACUGUUUAUCCUACAGGAGUAAUUUAUGCAAGACUUAGCAAAAGUGUGAAUCUAGUGUUCAUGGUAUUUUUCUUUUCAGUUCAGUCCUUAUUAAGUAAUGCUGAGAAUAAUUUUGCACAAAAACACAGAGCUGCAAAGUGA